AUGUUUGCGCUUCAAGUAAUUUUGGGAUUAAUUCUGUGCAUUGGAGCUUUGCUGUGGUGGUGGCAGAGAUCAGCAAGGCUCUACUGGGAGAAGAAUGGAGUGUCCUACAUUCCAGGACCUCCCUUCAUUGGUGCCCUGAAAGAUUGCUUAACGUUCAGGAAGAGCAUUGGAGAGCUUCUCUUAGACAUCUAUAAUCAUGAAAAGUUUAAAGACGAUCCUGUGACUGGAGUUUAUUUCUUCCAUGAACCAAUAUUGGUUAUUCGUCAUCCUGAGUUGAUCAAAAAUAUCCUUGUGAAGGAUUUUCCAAAUUUUAUGGACAGAGGCGUAAAUGGUGAUACAUAUCAUGAUUUAAUAGCCACGGAUAACCUAUUUGUUGUAAAAGGUCAUCGUUGGCAAACAAUUCGGAAUAAACUUUCACCUGUCUUUACAACUGGAAAGCUCAAGAAUCUCUUCCUUCUCAUGGUGAAUGUAACAAAAAUCUUGGAACAAAAACUCGAAACAGAAAUUGGAGAUCAAUCAAAAGAAUACGAAAUGAAGGAAUUUGCAUCAUUCUUUUCAACGGACACAAUUGCUCUGUGUGCCUUUGGAGUACAGUUGGCAACAUUGUUUCGUUUUGCACUCUUCUCGAAAGAAACUAAUGAAUUUCUAAGAUCUUCUGUUAACUGUGUUAUGGAGGAGCGUAUUAAGAGUGGAUCAAAGCGGAAUGAUCUAAUUGAUGCUCUUAUUGCUAUGAGGGAGGAAGAUUCUGAUCUCUUCAAAGGAGACACUCUUGUGGCUCAAGCUGCUGCUUUUAUUAUUGCCGGUUAUGAAUCAUCUUCAUCCGCGAUAGCUUUUGCAUUAUACGAAUUGGCACAAAACCAAGAAAUCCAAGAAAAACUCAGGAAGGAAAUAAAGUCUUAUAUAGAAAAGUAUGAAUCUAUUCAAUAUGAGACCGUGCAUGAGAUGAAAUACUUGCAUUGCGUUGUUCAAGAAAUCUUUCGAUUGUACCCUAGCUUGCCAUUUUUGGAAAGAAUUUGUACACCAACUGAUGGAAAAAGUACUUACUCUCUAGAACCGUACCAUAAGUUUGCAGUUCCUAGUGGAAUGUCUGUUUACAUCCCUCUUUUGGCCAUUCAUCGAGAUCCUAAUUAUUUCCCAGAUCCAAUGAAAUUCAUCCCUGAAAGAUUUGAUUCAACAUCGUGGGAUUUAGCACAUCAAAAUGCCUUCAUGGCUUUCGGUCUAGGACCAAGAAGUUGCAUUGGAUCGAGAUUUGGGUAUUUGCAGGUGAAAUUGGCUCUCAUAACCAUCUUACGCAAUUAUCUGGUAGAAGCCUCAGAGAGGACCCCAAAGACAAUAAAACUGGAUAAGAAAGCAAUAGUGAUUCGCUCUCAAGAACCACUUUAUUUGAAUCUAAUUAGAAUUUAA